GGAACUGAUUCUUGCGGAAUACACCUACAUCAACGGAGUACACUUUUGGCAACAUAUACAAAUAUACGCCGUUGUCAACUAACCAUCGAUCAAUAUCAAACUGCACUAGUUUUACGACAUGUCGCAAUCACAGAAUCUCCCGGCAUCGGAUUGAGCAUACUACGCAUGCGUCACCCAAUCAAUAUCACCGAUUCGAACUUCGUCAACAACACCCUAAGUGGCAUCAACGUUGAAACAUACACUGGACAAGUGAACAUAGAGCGUGUAGAGGCAUCCGAUAAUGGCGACACUGGCGCCACCUAUAUUCGACUUCCGGAACCAUCUCCUCAAAGAAAAAUGAUGUUUUGUACACCGGGAGUGGAAACUACAGAAUUGUCUGCAGGAGAAGCAGUAGAAGUGAUCAUAGAUACAACUCACACUGACAUGAGAAGUGGAUGUAUUCAAGUAAACCAUAUUUUAAUGUUUCAUCCUAUGUUAACAGAAAAUCCCCCACUGAGCAGGGAAAG